UCAAUUUUUUUCAUAAAAAAAAAUUCCAAAUUACCCCAGAAUUUUUUUUCUUCAUUUUCUUGUUCUUAAAGCUCCCGUGUUAUCACAGGCAGAUCAAUAUUCUAACUCAGUUCUCAAAGUACAACUUGAGCCAAGUAUUUAUCGAAAAUAGAUUUUUUAUCUUCAUCAGAUAGGGGAUAAGACUACGUAUGCACGGUCAUCUCGACACCCCAACUUGUUGAAUUACAUUGGCUAUGUUGUUGUUGUAGUUCUUUACAGAGUACAUCUACUUUAAUUUGGGCCGAGGGUCUAUCAGAAAUAUCAUUUGGUACUCUUGUCACUUUUGUACUGAUCAUCAAAAUUCAAGGAACAAAAUUUUUACCAGAUUUCGAUGGCGGAUUCGGACAAUGAAUCAGGAGGACACAGAGAGAACAGCAGCAACAUGGAGAGUUCACUAAGAGAACAAGACAGGUUCCUUCCAAUAGCAAAUGUAAGCAGAAUCAUGAAGAAAGCUUUACCAGCUAACGCGAAAAUCUCAAAGGAUGCCAAAGAGGUAGUUCAAGAAUGUGUUUCUGAAUUCAUCAGUUUUAUCACAGGGGAAGCAUCAGAUAAGUGCCAGAGAGAAAAGAGGAAGACCAUCAAUGGUGAUGAUUUGUUGUGGGCAAUGACAACUCUUGGUUUUGAAGAAUACAUUGAACCCCUCAAGAUUUAUUUACAGAGAUUUAGGGAUUUAGAAGGGCAAAAAAGUGGCAUUUCUGGAGAGAAAGAUAAUGGUGGAUCAGUGAAUAUGGGUGGUUAUGUUGAGGAUUAUCAUGGCAUGAUGAUGAUGGGGGGUCAACAUCAUCAAGGACACGGGUAUAGUACCGGAGUAUAUAAUCAUCAGGCCGGUGAGAAUGCUGCAGGAGUUGGUACAGGAAGAUCGCGAUUUCCUGAUGUUGGGAGGCCAAGGUAAUUGCGACAUCCGGGGACUACAAAGAUGUAUUAGAACUUGAAAGAGCAUUAUUAGCGAAGGAAGACAAAGAAACACGAUGUUUGAACUGUCAACAGGUUAAAGUAUGAACAACAAAGCUACUGAAAGACAUUAACAGACUUUGUAGACUGUACAGACAUAAAUUGAUUACAAUGUGAUGUAAACAUGGUAGUUUAAUGGAUUGUAAUUGUCUAUUA